UCAGCUGCCAUAGUUAAAGCAUUCUCUCUGCAGCUUCUAAUGGCAUCAACUGACCAAUCACCAACUUUGGAGAUAUUAGUUCGAACACCGGAAGAGUUAUCAAUCUGGACUGGACCCCCAUUUGCCAAUGGUCAACCUGGUGUCAAGCUUGAGAAAGUUAGCUGCGUGAAUGCGAAAUUCAGCGAUGAUGGAUCGAGACUCAUGGUGACGAAAUCCAACUCAGUGAUUAGCAUAUAUGACUGCAAGAGUGCCAAAGAGAUUAGGUCUUUUGAAGUCCCAAACGUCACUUCUGCUAUCCUGUCCCCUUGUGGAACCUUUUUGCAAACAUUUCAAAAACCUUCGGCACCACAAGAGAAGAAUGUCACGCUGUGGAAAACGGAGAACGGUGAUCCUGUUUAUCAACACUCCCAAAAGAACCUGACAAAAACAACUUGGCCUGCUAUUCAAUUCAGCUCCAAUGAGGCCACUGCAUGCCGGAUGGCAACUAAUGAGGUGCAGUUUUUUGACACAAGGGAUUUCUCUAAGGGGAUCAUUGAUCGAUUAAGAGUUCCCGGAGUUUCUGCCAUUGAGCUUUCUAGUGCACCUGGGUCUCAUGUAGCUGCAUAUGUGCCAGAAUCCAAGGGAAUUCCUGCCGGUGUACAAAUAUUUCCAUGUGGAAAUGCUUCUCAAAGUCAAGCUGUUGCACGACGGAGUUUUUUCCGAUGUUCAACAACCCAACUUAAAUGGAAUCAUGGUUCUACUGGUCUUUUAGUGCUGGUGCAGUCAGAUGUUGACAAAACUAACCAGAGUUACUAUGGGGAAUCAAAGUUAUUCUAUCUAACAAUAGAUGGAAAGCAUGAAGGGCUUGUGCCUCUUUCUAAAGAGGGUCCGGUUCACGAUGCUCAGUGGUCAUAUUCUGGCUUGGAAUUUGCUGUAGUAUAUGGUUUUAUGCCUGCUAAAGCAACUUUGUUCGACAAGAAGUGCAAUCCUCUGCUGGAGCUUGGAACUGGUCCUUAUAACACCAUUAGAUGGAACCCGAAAGGGAAAUUUUUAUGUUUGGCUGGCUUUGGCAACUUGCCUGGUGAUAUGGUAUUCUGGGAUUACGCAGAUAAGAAACAACUUGCAGCAACUAAGGCUGAAUGGUCUGUGACAAGUGAAUGGUCUCCAGAUGGGCGCUAUUUCAUGACAGCGACAACAGCUCCAAGGCUCCAAGUUGACAAUGGUAUCAAGAUCUUUCACUAUAAUGGGUCACUGUACUUCACAAAGAUGUUUGACAAGUUGUUCCAGGCUGACUGGAAACCGGAGCCAGCAGAUAAGUUUGGUGACAUCACCGAAUUAAUCAAGUCUCUCAAUUUGGGUAAAGUCGAAGAUAAAAAGCCAUCAGGUCCAGGACCAAAAUCGGCUCAGGCUUCUAACAAACUCUCUUCUACGAACCCCCCUGCACAAAAGCCUGCCGCAUAUCGCCCACCACAUGCUAAGAACGCUGCUGCAGUUCAGGCUGAGUUGCUUGGAAUAGGAGAGAGCAGCCCCGCAGGAUCAAUGAGCAAGAAUGCAUUAAGAAACAAGAAGAAGAGGGAGAAGCAAAAGGAGAAAAAGGCUGCUUCGGAUGCCAAUUCAUAGUGAUGUCAAAGAUUGUUUCUAACUUAUGCUGAGUUCAUCCUCUACUACUGCAAGGAAAUACCUGAAAACCCUGAUGCUUCAGGUCUACAAUUCCUAGCAUCAAAUCAAUUGUACUAUUUAUACUUCUUUUGGAGGGAAAACUUGUGCAAUUUUGGGUCGUUCAAGAUUUCGAGAUUAUUGAAGUUGUGUAAGGGGAUAUUGUGGUUUCUUUGGUUUUCACUAGGAUAUAUAGAGGGUAGGUGGUGUAAGUUUAUUUUUGUUCAUUUGGAAUAGGAUCCUUCUUAUUCUUUCCUUUUCUUUUUUUCUCUUUUUUCCUUCUUUUCCCCGUGUUGAAAAUGAAUGAGCGAUCAAAAUGCAUUAAUGGAACAAGGUUAGUGGGUAAAUGGUC